AUGUCGGCAAUGGGUUCUCACACCAACAAGAUGUCGCAGAAAAAGGAUCGUCCCCAAAUAAUUAAAUUGAAUAAAGCUUUGGAAUUGGCUCAAAAAUGGGUUAAUGACAUGACUGAACCAGCAGAAGAUGAGCAUUUUGAAAUACAGAGUCGACCUGCUAGGCUUGGACUAGGUGCUAAAGUUCCCCGGCCAUCCAAAUUUGUACCUUCAGAUGAUCCCCUGGAAAGGAAAUUACACUACAAAUUGGAUGCUGGAAGAAGAGCUGCUGCCAAAAUUGCCGAGGAGUCCGCCGCCGCCACCGCAUCGGCUGCUAGCGAUGAUGACGACGAUGAAGAUUUAGACAGCAGAACCAAAGCAUUUGAGAAGAAAAGACCUGCAGCUCCGGUGACCCCAUCGUUAGGGGGAAAGAAAAGGAAGAAAAUGUUCAGUCAAGAAAUCAAAGCUUGUGGAAAGGUGGUAGGAACAAAUAUUCCACAUUUUCCAAACCAAAGUUACGGCUUGUUCAGUGCUAAAGAAGAUCUCCUCUUAAUUGGUGAAAUGUUGCUUCUCAUCCUCUGGAUUUGGAUGCACAUAUAUGACUGGCUUUCCAACUGCCUCAACCAGAAGGUGGGUUGGUUUUCGGCAUGGACAAUAAGCCAGAUUGUGUCCAUCCGCGUUCCGGUUCUUGACAUGUCUCUUGUUACAAUCUGGUCCAAAGUAGGAGGGAAUGGAAGCGGAAGGAGAUGCCAAUAA